AUGGCUGUCCUGUGGCCUCUCUAUCUGCUGAUCUCUGGGCCUCUCUGGGCUUGCUUGGCCCUGACCAUACCCGAUGGGCACCCUGAGGCUCACCACGGUCCUCUCUUUAACACCAGCCCCGUCAGCCCAUCUGUGGAUCUGCCCAAUGCUCUAAGGGUGUUCAGCUUGGACUACCACCACGUGCAAGCUCCCUUUGAGAUUGUUCUGUGGAUAAUGCUGGCCUCACUGGCCAAACUGGGUUUCCACUGGUCAGGUCGGGUCCCAGCUGUUGUCCCUGAAAGUUGUGUCCUCAUCAUGGUGGGACUCCUUGUGGGAGGGGUAAUCUAUGGAGUCCGACACUCUGCGCCCCCCACUCUGAGUGCCGACGCGUUCUUCCUCUUCCUGCUGCCUCCCAUCGUUUUAGAUGCUGGCUACUUCCUUCCAGGGAGGCUCUUCUUUGAAAACCUUGGUACCAUCCUGUGGUAUGCAGUGCUGGGCACCUUAUGGAACGUGCUGGGCAUUGGCCUGUGUCUCUAUGGGGUUUGCCUGCUGGCUCCCAGUUCUCUGGGGGACAUCUCUCUGCUCCAUUGCCUGCUGUUUGGCUCUUUGAUAGCUGCAGUGGAUCCGGUGGCUGUGCUCUCUGUCUUCCAAGAGAUGCAUGUGAAUGAACAGCUGCACAUCUUAGUGUUUGGAGAGUCGCUGCUCAAUGAUGCCGUCACCGUGGUCCUCUAUAAGCUGUUUGAGUCUUUUCUGAGGCUGCCGUCAGUGACGGGGUUGGAUGUGUUGGUGGGAGGAUGCAGAGUGGUGGUGGUCGGUCUGGGAGGCCUCUUUGUGGGACUGUUCUUUGGUUUGUUGGCAGCUCUCACCUCACGGUUCACCUUCAGAGCCCAGGUCAUUGCUCCCCUCUUCGUCUUCCUCUACUCCUAUCUGUCCUACCUGACCUCAGAGAUGCUUCACUUCUCAGGAAUCAUGGCCAUUGUGACCUGUGCUGUGACCAUGAAACAGUACGUGGAAGCAAACGUGUCAGAGCGCAGCAACACCAGCAUCCAGUAUUUCCUGAAGAUGUGGAGUAGUGUGAGUGAGACCUUGAUCUUUAUCUUCCUCGGGGUGUCCACCAUACAAGACAUACACAUGUGGAGCUGGCCCUUCGUGUGCUCUACCCUGCUGCUCUGCCUCGUCAUGCGGGCCACAGGUGUCCUAUUUCUCACCGCUGUGGUGAACAAGCUGCGGAGGAACGCCGUGACCUUCCGAGACCAGUUCAUCAUCGCCUAUGGGGGGCUGAGAGGAGCAAUCUGCUUCUCCCUGGUCUUUCUCAUCGAUGAUUUCCCAAAGAAAAGACUCUUCAUCACAACCACCAUCGUGGUGAUUCUGUUUACAGUCUUUGUGCAGGGGAUGACCAUCAAGCCUCUGGUGGAGCUCCUGGAUGUGAAGAGAAAGAAAAGAGCGCUCCCUACAGUCAGUGAGGAGAUCCACAGCAGGCUGUUGGACCACCUGCUGUCAGGAAUAGAAGAUGUGGUUGGCUACUGGGGGCAGCACUACUGGAAAGACAGGUUUGAACAGUUUAACAAGAAGUAUCUUCGACGUUUCCUAAUUGGGGAGCAUCACAGGGCCCAUUCCAGCAUCCUCAGAGUCUACCAGGAGGUGGAGAGGCGGGAGCAGCGGGGGGGCGAUGAGGCCCCUCCAGUAGUAGACCCUCGUCCCAGCAGCCGCCCCCUCCUGCCUGAGGAAAUCGACAGCAUCAGACGCAUCCUCUCCAGAAACCUUCACAACUUCAACAACAAGCAGACUGCUGCCUACAGCAGACACACCCUUCACCAGGAAGUCACAGCAGACAAAAUGAGGAAGCCUCUGCACAGACAUCGGAGUCUUCCGGAAAGACGCGUUGAUAAUACCAUCACACUCUGCCCACAGCAGGAGGAUGGAGAGUUUGCCAAGUCUUAUAAAGGGAGAGCGCGACUCAGCAGGUCUCACACAGUGUGCUCAGCAGGCCCAAGAUGGUCCAAGCUUCCUGCCCCAUCAGUCCAAGCAGCUCAGCCAGUAGAUCCAGAAGCUGCUGCGGUUUGUCCACAGGACGCCCCCCCGACAGAGAGAGCCACAAAGAAACAACUCAGCUUUAUACUGGAGGAGGAGAAACUGGUCUAAAGGCAGCGAGAAAGAGAAGAAAAGUUAAAGUCCUAGUCCCGUUGUUAUGGAAACCAUUCACAUGAGGCUUGAAUGAAUGAAAUGCUUCUACCUUCUUGUGUGGUGACUUCAAAUAAUAAAGCUGUUUUAAACCUGCAUG